AGCGCCAAGCUCUCUCCUUCCUGCCAUGCACGCCUCGACGCUGACCCGCUGCAGCCGCGUGGCCGCGCAGCACGCGCGUCGCCUCAGCAGCACCGCCGCCGCCUCCGUGCAAGUGACGCACUCGGAGCGCGGCUCGCGCCUCGCGGCGCUGCGCGAGCGCCUGGCCGAGGAAUCGCGUCAGGGCCCGACCUUCGCGGAGCAGGCGCUGUCGCUCGAGGACUUCGCGUUCGAGCCCGAGACGGCGCCCGGCGCCAAGCCCUCGCGCAAGCCCAACGCGUCCAACCGCAAGCCCAAGUGGCUCAAGGCGCAGCCCACGCAGGGCGCCAACUACGAGCGCCUGCGCAAGACCGUCAAGAGCCUGGGGCUCAGCACCGUGUGCGAGGAGGCCAAGUGCCCCAACAUCGGCGAGUGCUGGGGCGGCGGCAAAGAUGGCAUCGCCACGGCCACCAUCAUGCUCAUGGGCGACACGUGCACGCGCGGCUGCAGCUUCUGCGCCGUCAAGACGAGCAAGAAGCCGGCGCCGCUCGACCCCGAGGAGCCCAACAAGGUGGCAGAGGCCAUCGCCGCCUGGGGACUCGACUACAUUGUCUUUACCAGCGUCGACCGCGACGACUACGAGGACCUGGGCGCCGGCCACUUCGCCAAGACCGUCAGCACGCUGCGCGCCAAGCUGCCGGAGAUCCUGAUCGAGUGCCUGACCCCCGACUUCCAGGGCCACGACAACCUGAUUGACCAGGUGGCAGUCUCGGGCCUCGACGUGUUUGCACACAACUUGGAGACGGUGGAGCGACUGCAGCGUCGCGUGCGUGACUACCGCGCCAACUACAAGCAGUCGCUGCACGUGCUGGAGCGGGCCAAGGUGGCUGCGCCGCACCUUGUGACCAAGACGUCGCUGAUGCUGGGCGUGGGCGAGCGUAACGAGGAUGUGUUCCAGACGCUGCGCGACCUGCGCAACAGCGGCGUGGACGUUGUGACCUUCGGCCAGUACCUGCGUCCCAGCUCCAAGCACAUGCCCGUCAAGUCGUACGUGACGCCCGAGGCGUUCGCGGAGUGGCAGAAGGUGGCCGAACAGAUGGGCUUCCUGUACGUGGCAAGUGGACCGAUGGUGCGUUCCAGUUACAAGGCCGGCGAGUUCUUCAUGAAGAACCUGCUGAAGAACCGCAAGGCGCAGGUGGUCGCCUAG